AUGCCAUUCACCUACACACACCCAUCCUACGACCUCUUCCCAAUCAGAGUCCCACCCCCAAACCCCCAAACCCCCCACCAAACGACGGCAGGUCUAGUAAGUCACGCCCACCUCAUCAAACCCUCCGGCCUACUCGCCCUCCUCCAUGAAGGAAUCGCCAAACCCCUUACACAGUUUAACAGCGCACUAGUCGCAAACGCGGCACUCUGUUUCCGUGAGCGUCGCGGGCGUAUUGCUAGUACCGCGAGCUGUCUAGCGAUAUAUUUACAGUCGGAACUUCGGGCGAAAGAUGCUAUUGUUGAUGACAAGAGUAGCGGGAUGGUUGAAUGGCGACAGGGUAUGCAACGUGAGCGGAGGAGAUUAAAUUGGGAUCGAGUUCUUGCUAGUGCUUCCACGCUUAGAGAGGAGGUUGAAGUUUAUGGUGUUCCGAGGUCGAGGAGAGGUAAGAACGCUGCUGCUGCUGCCUCUUCUUUUGCUAUUGCUACUGAUGGUGUUGUUACGAUUCAUGAGUCGCUGAAGGUCAAUUUGUCGAUGCUUGCUGCUGCUGUUGGAUGUCUUUCGCUUCAUGGGCGAGAUGGAUCGGAUGCGUUUGCGAACGAGGUUAGGGCGACCAAGGUUCCCCUUUUUGAUGAGUAUUUGUUUUCUAAUGAAGAUUAUCUAGGCGCGUUUUGGUCGCGGCUUAAUCCUAGUGAGGAGACGUGUGCGGCCUGCAAGUGUUUGCUGUGCAAGGAGGUCUUCUAG